AUGGAAACAAUCAUCCUUCACCAAGAGUCCACAGGCAGCCUCCAAAGUUUGCUCUCCAAGUUCAGCCACUGUUCUUCCAUUUUGCGUUACUACGGAACUUUCAGUCAGUGCAAAGGGCUUAUGCUAGGAUUGUGAAUGGAGACAAGGAGAUGAUUUCAGGAUAAUUUGGUGGCGUUCAGGAAUAGAUUGGAGCAAGGGGAGGCUGGGGAAUUUGUUAAGCUUGAGCUUGAUCCUGGGUUUGGAGAGGAACAUGUGGAGGUUUUGGAGAAGAUUGGGGGUCAUUCUCAGUGACAGAUUGGAGGAGAGAUUGCAGUUUUGGUUACUUUGGUAAAGGAGGAGGAUAUAUUGAGUUUUUGUGAAUUUGUAGAGAGUUGUAGCUACUCUUGUGGUCUGAUAUUUUAUGAAGUACUAGUGAAGAUUGGUAGGACAGUUAAGGAUGAAAGUAUUUAUAACUUACCUUAUGAUUGUCUAAAGAAUUCUACUAUUGACCCCAACUGUGUGCAGAUUAAAUGAACUAAAGGGUUUAAUCCAAAGGACUUCAAAGAUAAGAUAAAAUUUACUAAGAUACUUCACAAUGCUGAGUUUGCGAACUGAUUUGAAAGAGUUCACACUUUAGAUCUCACACAAAGCCCUGAGCGCCUUGAUAUUUCACGUAUCACUACUGAAUGUUUAAUUUUAUGUGUGAAAAGCUUAGAUCUAUAUAACCUUUUACAUGAUCAAUCAAAGAAAGUUCCAAUGAACCUCUCUCAAAAUGUGGCAACUCUAAAAAUCAAUUGGAUUUCAGGUGGUUAUUUUAAAGAAACUGGAGCACAGGAUGAUUCUUCAAAGAAAAGACUGUCCUUGACUAAAGAAUGUCUCUCAGAAUUCUUUCCUCAACUUCAAACCUUAGAAUUCAUGAUGCCAGAGGUCAAAGACAAUGUUCACCCAACAGCAACUCUCAAUGGAAAAACAAGAAAUGGUGUAUCUCUCCUCAGUUCUCGACCAGAAGCAAGCAAAAUCUUGACUUUAGGAGACGUUGACGUAUUCUUCCAUCUCCCACAGAGUGAUUACUUUUGCUGCUUCCAUGCUGAUGAAGUUAGUUACUAUUCCAAAGAUUGAGGCUUUAAUGCAACUCCAAGAGAAUGGAAAGGUGAGAAGUACCUUGAUGUGUACACCUAUCUUGACCUUGAGUUUAUUGCAAUAUCACAGAAAGAUGAAAUAGAUUUGGAGGAUUUUAAAAGAUAUGUUGUGAACUACCCUAUGAAUACUCAUGCAAUGACUGGUUGGUGCACGAUGUUUGGCCAAGAUAUUGAUGAUGUUUAUGGAGAAUCUGUUCUUUUGAAGUAUAGAACAGUCAAGAAAAUCAAGAGUCCUGCUGUUUUGGCAGCAUUAAAACCAAGUGGUUGAGAUAUCUUAGAAUUCAAAGUUAAUGAUAGCUCAACUAUAGGGAAAGGGCCAUUACUACCGUUGGUUAAAGUACAGAAGCCUUUAAAGUUCAGCUUGAGGAUUUUACUGAGUGCAGAGAACGUUUCUUUUAUAUGCAAAGCUAUAAAGAAUAGAUGCACAGAUAUCUGUUUAAUAGUGACUGAUGAAGCUAUUCGAAGGACAGGCAUCAUCAAGAGAAAACAAUUAGUUGAAGGUAUAUGCCAGGAAGCCGUAAAACCUAUUACUACAUAUCCUCAUCCCAAAUCUACUGAAGGGCCCAAACCCUCAAAAUGCAAAGCUAGAAAGCAGCCUAAAAAGUAUCUUCGAAACUUGAUCAUAAAGUAUAAGAAUCCAAAAGAAAUAAAGACAAUGUUCUUCUUAUCAGUAGGGGAAACUGACAGGAAGAGUCUUCAGAAAAUAUUAAAGUGUGAAUAGAAGUUUCCCUGAUCCAGGAUUUCUAAUUGGGGUUAUGGAGUCGGCAAUGAUAUUUCUGAAGAGAUUUGUAGGC